AUGAAACCGACAUUUGGAAAUUUUCCAAACCAAUGGAAAAACUUUUGGGAUAGAACUGGCGGCAUUUGGCUGAAACAAGAAUUACGCUACAACUUGGAAGAGGUACACGGAUGUUCCCUUUGGGGAGCCGGAACUUUUGCUGGUACCGAUGGAUCACGUAGGGUGACCGAUUUGGAGAAGGGAUUUGCCAAGCAGCAAGGCCAUGACUUUUACAAAGUUGUGGCUAAGGCUUUAUAG